UUUAAGCUUUCAUUUCAAUAAAAAUGGCGGACGCUGACAACGAUGUUGCGACGGGACUGCCAAAGAAGAGAACGUUCAAGAAGAUCAAUUACAGAGGUGUCGAUCUCGAUUCUCUCCUCGACAUGCCCACUGAUGUUCUCGUCAAUCUCUUCCCGGCCCGUCAACGCAGAAGGUUUAAGAGAGGCUUGACGAGGAAGUCACUCGCUUUGAUUAGGAAUCUCCGGAAGGCGAAACUUGAGGCUCCAACUGGUGAGAAGCCAGAGCCAGUCAAGACCGACUUAAGGAACAUGAUAAUUGUUCCUGAGAUGAUUGAGAGUGUGAUUGGUGUUUACAAUGGAAAAACAUUCAACCAGAUUGAGGUGAAGCCAGAGAUGAUUGGGCACUAUUUGGCUGAGUUUUCAAUCUCAUACAAGCCUGUCAAGCAUGGUAGACCUGGUAUUGGUGCUACUCACUCCUCAAGGUUCAUCCCGCUCAAGUAAUGGAUGUGUCUUCUAUUAAGAGUAUCUUAUUGUAACCUUUGAAUCGAAUAUUAA